GAACGUUAAUAGCCGCAUUCUAGUAGAAAGUGUCGAUCGAACGUGAUCAUAACGUAAUUAAAAUAAAAAAAUCGAAACUUAUUGAGAAAAAACGGCCAACUUUAACAUUAAUUUUUUUUUAUUUCGAAAUCGUGAUUUGAGUGACGCACCUUUCUUGUGUUUGAGGUUAAGAUUGUUAUAAAAAAACUUUGUGACUCAUAGAAGAUAAAACAUGGCAAGUGAAGCGCAAAGGUUGAUUGGAAUUUCGUUGACGAAGAUCGCCCAAUCAAGAACGAACAGAGCCGGAGUUAGUUUGCAUAAAAAUUUAUUGGUGGCAACUGUGUUACAAAAAGCUCGUUUUAUUUUUAUGGAAGAAGCGUAUAAUAUGGUCCAUUAUCAAACACCUAUUACAUCCGUUCAACCAAUGAUGCCCAUUUCUUACCAACAAACGAUCAACAAUGACGAACAAGAAGAUCUCGUGGCUGUUACGGCCGAAGAAGUCGGAAUCGAACCGACUCCCACACCCGGAAAUGCCGAAGAAACUAAUAAUUUAGAUUUUUUACAACCGUCCUCAUGCGAAAAAUGUACAGAGAAUCAAAAUAAAGAAAAUCAACCACCUAUUUCAUCAUCAUCACCACCAACACAACCAACAGCAACAACAACAGAAUUAACUUAUUUGGAUUUGGAUAAAACUAAUUUAUUAAGAAACUCAACUUCACCAACAUCUUGUUUAAAGCGACGAAGAGCUGUAUCUGAUUGGGAAACGGAAGAAGCCGUUCAAUCAAUUUUACCGAAAAAAAGUAAAUCCGAAGACGGCGAUGAUUCGGUGUUCCUCGAUGAUGCAACGAUUUUAUCGGAAACGAUUUCUAAAGAGGUCCAAGAACAACAGCAAAAAGAAGAAAAUUCGACGACGAAUUCCGGAUCUGCGAUGGAAAUUGAUCGAAUUACUUCGUUGGUGUCGAUUUUUAGUUUUGGUGUCGGAGGAGGUGGUGGUGAACAAAAAUUAACGCGUUCAAUGUCGACUCCCGAUUUGUGUUCUUCCCAAGCCAAAGACCCAGGUAAUGACGUGCUACAGCAGCGGCCCUUUCUUGCCAUGACCGUGUAACCAAA